AUGCUAGCAGCUAAGGCUGGCAAGCCCACCGUCAGCGCCACUACCCCUGUGUCCCCUAAAUUAUCCACUAUCACAGACUCGGGAACAUCUGCUCAAGUCCAGUCGUCAGACGCUGCCUCAGCGAUUGUUCCGGCUACCGCUCAGCAAGCACCAAGUGAAUCGGUCGAUACCGCACAGGGAAUUCAAAACGAAGAUUCGGAUGUAGAAGCGAAACGAAAAGCUCAGACAGAUCUAGCACGUCAGAAGAUUGAGGCACUAAAAUUUCGUGAGAGCAUUCAACAACAGGCUCGAUCAACAACCAGCAGUGAUGCAAUGAGACACAGUCAGCAACCUCUCGCCAAAGGUGUUCCAAACAUCCCAGCUGAAAGCUCUAUUCCAACAUCUCGACCUGUACCCAGUCGCCAAAGCUCUUACUUUUCGCCAGCAAGCCAGAAGCCCCCCUUUAGCAUCCCGGGACUGUUUAUGACAUCAGGUGCUCCGGAACCUGUAAACCCUUCGCAACCACUCGCGAACGAGGGCUUCGCAGUCUCACCGCAGACAGUCGGUUUAGCCACCUUCGCUGCGUCAAAGCAAGGCUUUCGUCCACACGCUGCGGUCUCGGCUCAGUCUCCAACUACAGAUGAGACACCGCGAUUACCCGAAACUUCCUUCGAUCUGAAAUUUGCUUUACCAGCCACCAUCGCAACAACAGUUUCACCCAACCGAAAGCGCCAGAAAGCUUCUGACUUCAUCGAUUCACCUUCCACCAGGGUAAAGAGACCACUGGGGCAGCAAGAGGAUACCAGUGUCAUUAUAGACAUUAGCGACGAUGAGGUGAGCAAUAACACCUCGGGAGAUGAAUCCUUAGACACAGACAUUGCCGGUCGUCGGGAUUCUCUAUCAAGAAAUUCUCAAGUCAUUGCUCCAGGCAAUGGCAAUGAGAGACUGGUCAAGAGCCUGCCUCCGCUGACUGAUUUUCCGCCACGCAAGAAAACAGUUGUUAUGACGCCUCCUGCUGCGCAAGUCUCGGGGCAAAGUGGCGAUCUGAAAGGUCUAAAAUCGAAGGAGAUGGAAAUCGAAGUCAUGAAUCGCAAAAUUGCUGAGCUCGAGCAGCGUAUCGCUAUUAAGGCAAAGCAAACUACAAGCCGCACUCACAGUCCUGGAAAUUGCAGUCGCGUGACAACUUCACCACCUCCAGGUGAAGCUCCACAUCAGAGCAACGGCACACCGAAUACGCCCUCGAGCAUCUCAGACUCACGGAAUGGCGAUAUCGCACCUGUCAAGAACGGAGAAUCGUUCGCUACUCUCGCUGAAGGAAAUGAUUCCACAGCAGAAGAGGAGCUCAAUGCAGAGCAACAGUUAGAGGAAGUCGAACUAGCAAAGGCCGAGGCUGAGCGUUCCUUGGCCGCGGAGAUUUCUCGAGCCUCGGCAGCGGACCAAUCGCUUACGCAGAUUGAGAGAAUGCAAAUUCCACAAGCAGAGGAGCAGUCGAAUCUGCGGGGAGAGGAGCAGCGACUCAAAGACGAAAAGCAGAAGCGGCUUCAGGAUGAGGAACAGCGACGUCUGGAAGAAAGCCAGAGUCAGCAAGCGCGCGAACAAGACAACAAGAAUCUACGACAACAAGAGGUAGACCACCAUCUUCAGGAGCAAGAACAGAGGCGGGCGCAAGAGGCACGACUGAAGCACUUGCAAGAGCGAGAACGGAAAACAUCCCUCGGCAACCAACGGCAGGCUCGAAAGACCGAAAUAGAGUCUGGAUUGCCACUCCUCGAUGCCGAAGUAGAGAGGACAAGAAUAAGGCUUGAGUCCUUACGACAAGAAAUAGUAGGUCUAGAAACUGAACUCCAGAAAGGCAUCGAAGGCAGGCAAGUUCUGAUUGAAGAGCUUAACAACUUGUCGCGAUCUGGAGAGGCCCUGCCUAGGCCUAUGGAUCUCGAUUCUUGUGACGUGGGGGACAUACCAAAUCAAUCAACAAGCAUCCAAGAAAUACCAGCUUUGACGAAACCCGCAGCGUCAGUUGAGACAGUCCCCGACUUGGAUUCAAUACAACUUUCGGGCACUGCCGGGGCCGGGAACGGUAGGGUGGUGCAAGACAAGUCGUCAACGCGGACGGCAGACAUUCGGAUGUCAGAUGGAGAACUCGAGGAAGACAUCAUGGAAAUGUCCCGUAGCGAUGUCGACGAAGCCGAGCCCUCUUUUCACAGCCCGAAGCCCUUGACUGAGGUUCAGGACACUUCUGGUUCUAUCGACGACGACGAGACUUAUGAGCCGCCCAGUGAAAUAAGUAUAACGCAACGACAGGAGCCAGAACCUGAUGCUGUCCCGGACCUCGGAACAGCGAAGACCGAUCGACCAGCCGCAAUGCAUAAUCCGCUUCCUGCUGACCAGGAGGCUGAGCCUAUAGGAAAGCCGAGUUCGGUUGAGCCAUCACCCGCCGCCAACGCUGGUAUGGCGGGUGACGAGCAAUCACAGCGAUCACUAAAUCGUAGUCAGUCUCUGGCUGAUGCUAGUGACCCCGAUGAUUAUGAACCGCCCGAGCCAGCACCAUUAGGUGAAGAGGUACCGCGGCCUACUGAGAUAUCGAGCGUCGAUUCGGAGAAAUCCUUUUCUCCACCUGAUGUUGAUAGUCAUGAUUUCAUUGCGCCUGCGAGCUUCGACUCAACACCAGCCGUUCAUCAACAGGUGAGUGUGGAUGCCAUUACAAUCGGAGCUGGGUCUCACAGUGUAAGAUAUCGUUCUUCUUCGCCGAAGCUCGCUGAAUCAAACCAGGUGCAAAAGCUUGAGUCCAACCGCAAAACGGGACAUUUUACCCCAUAUGAAAGUCCCUUGAAGCAAUUCAAGUCAUUUCGGUAUCAUCCUCAGUAUCUUGAGGAAGUCUCCAAUGGCUUUCGAUCAUUGACUUAUAGUCAUACUAUCAAUCCAGAAAUUCCACUUUGUCGCUAUGAGUUAGACGGCGUAUGCAAUGAUGAUUCUUGCCCGAGUCAGCAUUUGAGGAGCAUUGGUUUGAGUGAUGACAAGAUCCUUGUUGAUUUGGGAGCUAAACCAGACGACGGCUCCUCGCCUGACGAAUUCGGCAAUGGCUUGCGAGAGGUCAUCCACGACAUUCGUUCCAGGAAGAUCAGAGAUUUCAACAUCGUGGCAGGAGAAAUAACCGCAUAUCGUGCCAAGUUCCUCGGAGACCGCUCCAAGGUUUUACCCUUGUAA